GAGCGGGACCAUCGGCCGACUCGGAAGGCUGUGGGGAUUCUUUCCGCUUUGUACGUGAAUGGAAAAGCAGCUCUGCUCAGAGCAGCUGGAACUACUGAUGAAUUUUAAAGCUUCAAUUCACUCUGCAGAGAAUAGACAGGAUUGUCGCUUUGAGGAACCAACUUCUCGCCAUUGGCAGCUUGUAUUACUUACUGACCAAAAAGAGCUUGGAGCACUUUUGCCUUUGUGAUCACAAAGAAGAUGGCUGAAAAACAGAUUAGUUUGCCUGCUAAACUUAUCAAUGGAGGAGCUGCUGGGAUCAUUGGAGUUACUUGUGUAUUUCCAAUUGACCUGGUUAAAACUAGGCUACAGAAUCAAAGAAGUGGCCAACAAGUCUACAAAAGCAUGUUGGAUUGUCUAAUUAAAACACUACGUUCAGAAGGUUAUUUUGGAAUGUAUAGAGGUGCAGCAGUUAAUCUGACCCUUGUAACACCCGAGAAGGCUAUCAAACUGGCUGCUAAUGACUAUUUUAGGCACCUUCUUGCCAAGGAAGGGGUAGCCCUGUCUUUAUCUAAGGAGAUGAUGGCAGGUUGUGGUGCUGGAACCUGCCAGGUUAUUAUUACCACUCCUAUGGAGAUGCUGAAAAUCCAGCUGCAGGAUGCAGGUCGACUAGCAUCUCAGCAGCUUGUGAGCAGAGUUCCUUGCUCAUCUCCUGGAUGUAAGCUUCUAGCUGUCAGCCCUGUUCUUACCAGAGCAUAUAAUGUAGGACCAAUUGCUAUUCCAAGGAAGAUAUCAGCCACCCAGAUAGCAGCUGAACUUCUGCAUACCCAGGGCAUUAAAGGACUCUACAAAGGUCUCGGGGCCACCUUGCUGAGGGAUGUCCCAUUCUCUGUCAUCUAUUUUCCACUGUUUGCCCAUCUGAACAGAGCAGGACAGGAUUCCCUGGAGAAGAGAGCCCCUUUCUUUCGUUCUUUUCUCGCUGGUUGCAUGGCUGGUUCAGUGGCAGCUGUGUCUGUCAAUCCUUGUGAUGUAAUAAAGACUCGUCUUCAAUCCAUGGACAAGGGAAGAAAUGAGGAGAGCUAUAAUGGAAUUAUUGAUUGUGCACGGAAAAUAUGGAUGAAGGAGGGUCCCUCAGCCUUCCUCAAAGGUGCUGGUUGCAGAGCACUGGUCAUUGCACCUCUCUUUGGUAUAGCUCAAGGUAUAUACUUUAUAGGAGUUGGAGAAUUUCUAAUUGAGCUAUGCCAGUAUGGAAGACUUUCCCCCUAGACUUCCUUCUAGUUCCUUUGAUCUACUGCAAUGAAUCAACAAGAAUUGCCAGACAAGACAAGAAAAUAGCAAAAUUUCAGACUGACUUAUCAGUGUUUCCUCUGUCAGAAUUUAGACUGUGAGCCAAGUCCACUAGGGCUCACUAAAUAUCAAGUUUUGGAGCCAGACUGACCUAGGCACAUACUUCUCUAAUGUUGAUGUGUGUCUUUUUCUUAUAUUAAAAGUCAAGUGUUGUGAUAAAGUAAGACAGGCAUCUGUAUGUGUAAAAGGGAGCAUGUCUUUGGGUUCUGGGAGCUGAGAGACUGGAGCCUCUGAGAAUGGAAUGGAAUGACUACUUUUUAUUAAGUCUGGUUGUGGGAGGAUGUAUCAGAAACUUUUUUUAUUUAUGAAUGGAGCAAAAAUAUUUGUGGGGCCACCCCACUUGCAGUCUUUCCAUGGUAUGGUAAAAUAAAAUUCACUCUGCUGUUAUCUCACUUACCAAAGGCAAAAUGGGGAACAAAAUUGUGUGAAUGUUUAUAUAUCUGUCUUUGUAACUUGUAACUUUACAUAAGAGUAAAGAAUUUGGUUCCUGUGGUGACUGCUAAAUGCAAAGCAAUGUAAGGCAACACAAAUGUUAGCAGGCAAAGGAAGCAAGAUAGCUUAUGAUUUUUCCCUAGGCUAUCAAUCUUGAAGGUUCUCAAAAAUGUUCCCUAGCACCCAGUUAUAGCUCAGCUGGGAACUAACUGUUAACUAUGUGUUGUGCAAGCAAACUGCUAAGCAGUUUUUCUUGGUUGGCUGUUGCACCUAUGUUUUUAUGAAAGUACAUUACAGGCUUUAAUGUUCAUAAUUAACUAUAGAAUUUCUUUAUCACUGGUCUCAUCAAGGGGUGUGAUCUUUUUCUACGGAAGUAUAAGAUGGUCUCUAGACAUACCAUAAAUUAUGUGUGUGCAGUGCAAGAGAUCUGCACUUACCCUGCCACAAUAAAAAAGGUUCA